AUGCAAGCCAAGAAAGCCAAACAGCUCCAUAAGGCAAGAUUAGCUAGGGAGAGACAAAUUUAUGAAUUGAGGAAGAGGGCUGAGUUGAAAGCUGCUGUUUCGGAACUCGAAAGACCCUGGGAAGUUGUUGAGAAAGCACCUAAGUUGUUCUCAGCUAGUGCUGAUGAACAAGUUCAAGUCUUGGCUGAUAGGUUUCAGAAGCCUGGUGGGUUUGAUCUGUGGUCUGAGAAAGAUGGGCCUGAAUUGUUUAAGACUGUUGAUGGGUUCCUCUCUGCGCGAUUUUUCCUGAAAGGGGUUGUUCAUAGUAUUAGGCCUUAUGAGAGGGUUAAUGAGGAAAUCGAUGAAUUUAGGGGUUUAGGGAAUGAAAAGAGGGUAAAUAUUGGAUCUUUGGAUAGAGUUAGUGAUGGAAUUGAUGAAUUUGGGGGUUUAGGUGGUGUAAAGGGGGUAAAGACUGGAUCUUUUGACGAGUAUGUUAAAAAGCGGAAUUUGCUGAAUGAGGGGAGUAAGGGGAAAGUGAGAAAGAAGAGGAAUGGGAGAAGUGAAUUAGUGAAACUUGCAAAAACUACCCAGAAUAUCUCCAGAUCUGUUCAAGUUUUCGAUUUAGAUGGCGGUGACGAUGGUGGAGGUGAACGUGGAGAUGGAGGAAAUAUGAUUGUAGCGGAGGCGGCUUGA